CCUUUAAAACCGAGAUGAGGAGAACUUUUUUCACACAGAGAGUGGUGAAUCUCUGGAACUCUCUGCCACAGAGGGUAGUUGAGGCCAGUUCAUUGGCUAUAUUUAAGAGGGAGUUAGAUGUGGCCCUUGUGGCCAAGGGGAUCAGAGGGUAUGGAGAGAAGGCAGAUACGGGAUACUGAGUUGGAUGAUCAGCCAUGAUCAUAUUAAAUGGCGGUGCAGGCUCGAAGGGCCGAAUGACCUACUCCUGCACCUAAUUUCUAUGUUUCUAUGUUUCUAUCACAAUGAAUGGCGGUGCUGGCUCGAAGGGCCGAAUGGCCUCCUCCUUGCAGCUAUUUUCUAUGUUUCUAAACUAAUUCAAACACAAACUUCAUUGGUUCGUGAGUCUGAUAGUUUCGACAUUCGGCACUUGUAAGUGGAAUGAUUUUACAAGUCAUCGACGAGAGAGGUCGCUGUGUUACAUUGACUGCAGACUCUCCACAUACAAGAACAAAGUGGCUGUUGUUCAUUGGGGACCGUUGAGCCGGUGAUUUCAGAUCGUGUCCAUGGCGCCGUCUUCACCCAGAAACACCCGCGCCCUAGAACCCGCCCUAUGUUGCAGACGAUACCAAGCGCGCAGGCGCGGAGAACCCCGCAAGUGGUGCGGCCAAGGCGCGCAUGCGGUCCGUGGACAAAAGACUCCGGAGGAUCGGCGGCGGAACAAGCAGAAGAUUUGUGUUGGGGAAUCUCAAACUCAACCCAUCAGAUCCGCAGUGUCGUUGGGUUCGCCAGCACCUUGCGAGGCAUUCACUGAGCUGACGAGACGCCGGGGAGUUGACAGCAUGGAGACAUUAUCCACCAGCUCUGAGUGUGAGCAGGGGUCCACUCAAUCUCCCCACCUGGUGACCCACCAGCAAGAUCACGCUCUGGGGAAACCAUUUGUCUGUCCCGAUUGUGGGAAGGGAUUCACUCAAGCAGGCCACUUGACGAGGCACCGGAGAAUUCACACCGGGGAGAGGCCAUUCAUCUGCUCUGAGUGCGGGAAGGGAUUCGUUCAAUCCUUUGCGUUAGUGGCGCACGAGAGGAUUCACACCGGGAAGAGGCCGUUCACCUGCUCCAUGUGUGGGAAGGGAUUCACCCAAUCGUAUACGCUAGUGAGGCAUCAGAAAAUUCACACCGGGGAGAGGCCGUUCACCUGCUCUGAGUGCGGGAAGGGAUUUGUUCAUUCCUUUGCGUUAGUGGCGCACCAGAGAAUUCACAAGCGGCCGUUCGUCUGCCCCGAGUGCGGGAAGGGAUUCACUCAGUCGUGUUCGUUAGCGAGACACCAGAAAAUUCACAGCGGGGAGAGGCCGUUCAUCUGCUCUGAGUGUGGGAGGGGAUUUGUUCAUUCCUUUGCGUUAGUGGUGCACCAGAGAAUUCACAAGCGGCCGUUCAUCUGCUCCGAGUGCCGGAAGAGGUUCGUCGACGCAGACGCAUUGCUGACGCACCAGAGAAUUCACAGCGGGGAGAAGCGAUUCACCUGCACCGAGUGUGGGAAAGCAUACACUCGCUCGUCUGCGUUACUGAGACACCGCAGAGUUCACAUGGUGGAGAGGCCGUUCACCUGCCCCGACUGCGGGAAAGGAUUCAUUGACUCGGACGCAUUGCAGACACACCAGAGAAUUCACAGUGGGGACAAGCCGUUCACCUGCACUGUGUGUGGGAAGGGAUACCCUCGUUCAUCUGCGUUGCUGAGACACAGCAGAAUUCACACUGGGGGGAGUCCGUACACCUGCUCUGAUUGUGGAAUGGGGUUUACUCAUUUGACCAGCAUGUUGACACAUCAGCAAAUUCACGCCGAGGAGAGGACGUUCAUCUGCUCCGGGUGUGGGUUGGGAUUCACACAAUAUUCCCACCUGGUGACCCACCAGCGAGUUCACGCUGUGGAGAAACCAGUUGCCUCUCCAAACUGUGGGUAGAGAUUCACUGGUAAAUCUAAUCUGGUGACCCACCAGAGAAUUCACACUGGGGGAGAGGCCACUCACCUGUUUAGUGUGUGGGAAGGGAUUCACUUGAUUAUCAAGCCCCCGCGCCCCAGAACUCACCCUAUGUUGCAGGCGAUAACAAGUGCACAGGCGCGGAGAGCCCGGACGUGGUGCGGCCAAGAUGAGGAUGCGGUCCGUGGACAAAAGACUCCGGAGGAUCGGCUGCAGGUAGGAGCGGGGAUCCGGGCACGGGAUCAGUCGGCACCGCCUGAGGAGCGGCCCCCGGCUGCGGACGAUAACAACUGCGCAGGCGCGGAGAGCCCGAAGUGGUGCCGCGGGUCCGGGACAAAAGACUCCGGAGGAUCGGCGGCGGGUAGGAGCGGGGAUCCGGGCGCGGGAUCAGGCAACACCGAGGCCCGGCCUGAGGAGCGGCCCCCGGCUGCGGGGAGAAUCGGUGCGGCCCCCGGGGACACGGUGGCCCGUCACCUGGGGACGACUCUGUGCAUCUUCCUGGGUUGGAUGCAGACCGUGUCCAUGAUGAUGGAGGUGAAGUGGAAGGGACGGCACUUCACCGCAAGGUGUUCCAGGUGGAACAAGCAGAAGAUUUGUGUUGGGGAAUCUCAAACUCAACCCAUCAGAUCCGCAGUGUCGUUCAGUUCACCAGCACCUUGCGAGGGCUUCACUGAGCUGACGAGACGCCGGGGAGUUGACAGCAUGGAGACAUUAUCCACCAGCUCUGAGUGUGAGCAGGGGUCCACUCAAUCUCCCCACCCGGUGACCCACCAGCAAGAUCACGCUCUGGGGAAAGCAUUUGUCUGUCCCGAUUGUGGGAAGGGAUUCACUCAUGCAAACCAGUUGAAGAGGCACCAGAGAAUUCACACCGGGGAGAGGCCGUUCUCCUGCUCCGAGUGUGGGAAGGGGUUCAUUGACUCGACUGUAUUGCAGGCACACCAGAGAACUCACACUGGGGACAGGCCGUUCAUCUGCUCUGAUUGUGGCAAGGGAUUCGCUCAUGUGAGCAGCUUGAAGACACAUCAGCGCAUUCACACCGGGGAGAAGCCCUUCAACUGUCCCGAGUGUGGGAAGCGAUUCACUCAUGAGGCCGAGAGUCCACGUUAUCUGCUCCGGGUGUGGGAAGCGAAUCAGAGAGUUCACACCACCGGGGAGAGGCCGUUCAUCUGCUCCGAGUGUGGGAAGGGAUUCGCACAAUAUUCCCACCUGAUGACCCACCAGCGAGUUCACGCCGUGGAGAAACCAGUUGCCUCUCCCAACUGUAACUUCCAUGGCGCCCUCUUUACCCAGAAACCCCCACGCCCGAGAACUCGCUCUAUGUUGCAGGCGAUACCAGGUGCGGAGAGCCCGGAAGUGGGUGCGAACAAGCCGCGCAUGCGGACCGUGAGCAAAAGACUCCGGGAGGAUCGGCGGCAGGCAGGAGCGGGGACAAGCGACCCGACAGCUGUGCUGGGGUUGCAGCCGGGGGGGACCGGGGGCGGGGAGAGGCUAUGCAGAUCCUGGGCAGAAAUCCCCGCGCCCCAGAACUCGCCCUAUGUUGCAGACGAUAUGAACUGCGCAGGCGCGGAGAGCCCCGGAAGUGGCGCGACCCUGGCGCGCAUGCGGUCCGUGGACAAAAGACUCCGGAGGAUCGGCGGCGGCUGCAUCCCCUCUGGAGGUUGGUUGUUCAACUCUCCAAGUGCAGGAAGGAGUCACUGUGACAUACUGACCGACGAAGUGCCAGGGGGGGGUCACGGCAUGGAAACAUUAUUCACCUGCUCUGAGUGUGGGAAGGGAUUUGCUCAAACUUCCCGGCUGCUAGUACACGAGCGGAUUCACACCGGGGAGAGACCGUUCGCCUGUUCCGUGUGCCGGAAAAGAUUCAUUCAGCUGUCUCAGCUGCAGACACACCAGCGAGUUCACACUGGCGAGAGGCCGUUCGUCUGUUCUGAGUGCGGGAAGGGAUUCACUCAGUUAUCUCAGCUGCAAUCACACUGGCGGAUCCACACUGGCGAGAGGCCGUUCGUCUGUUUUGAGUGUGGAAAGGGAUUCAUUCAGUUAUCUCAGCUACAGUCACAUUGGCGGAUUCACACCGGGGAGAGGCCGUUCGUCUGUUUUGAGUGUGGGAAGGGAUUCAUUCAAUUAUCGCAUCUCGGGUCACACCAGCGGAUUCACACUGGGGAGAGGCCGUUCCCCUGCUCUGUGUGUGGGAAGAGAUUCAUUCAAUUGUCUCAGCUUCAAUCGCACCAACGGAUUCACACCGGGGAGAGGCCGUUCACUUGCUCUGUGUGUGGGAAGGGAUUCAUCCAAUUAUCGCACCUCAGGUCACACCAGCGGGUUCACACCGGGGAGAAGCCGUACCCCUGCUCUGUGUGUGGGAAAAGAUUCACCCAGUCUUCCAACCUGAUGGCUCAUCAGCGAGUUCACACUGGAGUGGACGUUUCAACAAGAUGUUUCUUCACUCGCUCGGGAAUCUCAAACCUGCACCUGAACGCGUGGGAGGGAUUCACUGUGUCAGCUGAGCCGACGAGGCACCAUAAAUUCCGCAGCAUGGAGACAUUAUUCACUAGCUCUGAGAGUGAGCUGGGAUUCACUCCAUCUUCCCACCGGCAAGACCACGCUGUGGAGAAACCAUUUCCCUGUCCCGAUUGUGGGAAGGGAUUCACUCAAGCAAACAACCUGAAGAGUCACCAAAAGCAAGUUCACGCUGAACUUGUCCAGAUUGCCCAGAAAACAAUUCCCUGUCCCGAUUGUGGGAAGGGAUUCUCUCAGGCCGGCAACCUGAGGACACACCAGAGAAUUCUCGCGGGGGAGAAGCCCUUCACCUGUUCUGUUUGCGGGAAGGGAUUGACCUCAUCAUCGAGGCUACUGACACAUCAGCUGAUUCAUACCGGGGAGAAGCCCUUCACCUGCUCUGGUUGUGGGAAGGGGUUCUCUCAAGCCUGCAACCUGAAGAAACACCGGAAAAUUCACACUGAGGGGACGAUGCUGGACCUUCCCCUUCCCCCUCACCCCGGGGAUUCCCCGCCCGUCAGUGACGUUGCCCGGUGCAGCCGGUCCAAGCGGCGCAUGCGCAUCGACUGCACGGCGACGCAUAGACCGCUUUCUGCGUCGCGGGGCGUUGUGGGUAAGGAGGCGGCCAUUGCCAAAACCACCCGCGAUGUGUUGCAGAACCGCAGAGCGUGUUUCCCCCGCAUCGAGUACAACUUCAUCGCCGACGUGGUUUACAUCGAGAUCCUGGGGAGGGUAGUACAAGCAUUAGAUUUGUGUACGGGAAGCUCAAAGUCGACCGUCGGAUAUGCCGCGUCGUUCAGUUCACCAGUACCUGAACGAGUGGUCAUGCUCCAUGGCGCCCGAUUUACCCAGAAACGCCCGCGCCCCAGAACUCGCCCUAUGUCGCAGGCGACACCAAGCGGCGCGCAGGCGCGGCGGAGCCGGAAGUGGGUGCGGCCAAGUCGCGCAUGCGGUCCGUGGACAAAAGACUCCGGAGGAUCGGCUGCAGCCGCCAAAGACACCAGAGAGCUUGCAGCGAUGGAGAAAUCGUCCACCAGCCCUGAGCGCGGGCAGGGACUCGAUCAAUCUCCCCGCCAGCAGGACCACACCGUGGAGAAACCGUUUGCCUGCCCCGAUUGUGGGAAGGGAUUCGCUCAGGUCUGCUACCUGAAGAGGCACCAGCGAACCCACUCCGGGGAGAGGCCGUUCACCUGCUCUGAGUGCGGGAAGGGGUUCACGGCACUGUCCGGGCUGCAGAGACACCGGCAGAUUCACACGGGGGAGAGGCCGUUCACCUGCUCCGUGUGUGGGAAAGGGUACGUUCAAUUGUCGAAUCUCAGGACACACUACCAGCUUCACACCGGGGAGAAACCCUUCACCUGCUCCGAGUGCGGCAAGGGAUUUACUCAGCUGUCGGGACUGCAGAAGCACCAGCGGAUUCACAGCGGGGAGCGGCCGUUCACCUGCUAUGAGUGUGGGAAGGGGUUUAUACAGUCCUCUCACCUGCAGUCACACCAGCGGAUACACAUUGGAGAGAGGCCGUUCACCUGCUCUGUGUGCGGGAAGGGGUUCAUUGAUUUCUCUGGGCUACAGAGACACGAGCAGAUUCACAGCGGGGACAAGCCGUUCAUCUGCUCCGAGUGUGGAAAGGGAUUCACUGACUCUUCCAGCUUGCUGACCCACCGGCGAAUUCACACUGGGGAGAGGCCGUUCACUUGUUCCGUGUGUGGGAUGGGAUUUGUACAAUUAUCGCAGCUGCAGACACACCAGCCUAUUCACACCGGGGAGAGGCCGUUCACUUGUUCUGAGUGUGGGAAGGGAUUUAUACAUUUAUACCGGCUACGAUCACACCAGCGGAUUCACACCGGCGAGAGGCCGUUCGCCUGUUCCGUGUGUGGGAAGGGAUUCACUGGGUUGAACUAUUUGAAAAAACACGAGCGGCUUCACACCACGGAGAGACCGUUCACUUGUUCCGUGUGCGGGAAAGUAUUUCUCGAUGUGUCUCGGCUGCAAUUGCACCAGCGAACUCACACCGGGGAGAGGCCGUUCAUCUGUUCUGAGUGCGGGAAGGGGUUCACUAGGUUGAUCUACCUGAAGAGACAUGAGCAAGUUCACACCGGGGAGAGACUGUUCAUCUGCUCUGAGUGCGGGAAGGGAUUCACGCGGUUUUCCAACCUGAAGACCCACCAGCAAGUUCACGCCGUGGAGAAGCCACUGGCCUCUCCCAACUGAUACUAGUAACCUGGUGGCCCAGCAGGGAACUCGCACUGGGGAGGGGCUGCUCACAUGUCUGUGCAUGUCUGUUUAUUGUCACUUGUGUCGAGGUACAGUGAAAAGCUAUUGUCGUGUUGAGAGGGAUAGACAGAGUUGACGUGGAUAAGCUUUUCCCAUUGAGAGUAGGGAAGAUUCAAACAAGAGGACAUGAUUUGAGAAUUAAGGGACAAAAGUUUAGGGGCAACAUGAGGGGGAACUUCUUUACUCAGAGAGUGGUAGCUGUGUGGAAUGAGCUUCCAGUGGAAGUGGUGGAGGCAGGUUCGUUUUUAUCAUUUAAAAAUAAAUUGGAUAGGUAUAUGGACGGGAAAGGAAUGGAGGGUUAUGGUCUGAGUGCUUGCAGCAUAAUGUGGAUAAAUGUGAGGUUAUCCACUUUGGUGGCAAAAACAGGAAAGUAGACUAUUAUGUGAAUGGUGGCCGAUUAGGAAAAGGGGAGAUGCAACGAGACCUGGGUGUCAUGGUACACCAGUCAUUGAAAGUAGGAAUGCAGUUGCAGCAGGCAGUGAAGAAAGCAAAUGGUAUGUUAGCAUUCAUAGCAAAAGGAUUUGAGUAUAAGAGCAGGGAGGUUCUACUGCAGUUGUACAGGGUCUUGGUGAUACCACACCUGCUGUAUUACGUACAGUUUUGGUCUCCUAAUCUGAGGAAAGACAUUCUUGCCAUAGAGGGAGUACAGAGAAGGUUUACCAGACUGAUUCCUGGGAUGUCAGGACUUUCAUAUAAAGUAAGACUGGAUAGACUCGGCUUGUACUCGCUAGAAUUUUGAAGAUUGAGGGGGGAUCUUAUAGAAACUUACAGAAUUCUUAAAGGGUCGGACAGGCUAGAUGCAGGAAGAUUGUACCCGAUCUUGGGGAAGUCCAGAACAAGGGGUCACAGUUUAAGGAUAAGGGGGAAAUCUUUUAGGACCGAGAUGAGGAAAACAUUUUUCACACAGAGAGUGGUGAAUCUCUGGAAUUCUCUGCCGCAGAAGGUAGUUGUGGCCAGUUAAUUGGCUAUAUUUAAGAGGGAGUUAGAUGUGGCCCUUGUGGCUAAAGGGAGCAGGGGGUAUGGAGAGAAGGCAGGUACAGGAUACUUAGUUGGAUGAUCAGCCAUGAUCAUAUUGAAUGGCGGUGCAGGCUCGAAGGGCCGAAUGGCCUACUCCUGCACCUAUUUUCUAUGUUUCUAUGUUUCCGUGCUGUAAUUGUUAGAUGGUUAUAUGGUGUGCUAACCAGUCAACAGAAAGACAAUACAUGAUUACAAUUGUUGUACCUGUAAUUGCUAUUUCUGAGCUGGGAUUUAAUUUUCAGUGUUUAAGAUAAAUAAAUGUGUUUUGUUGUAAACCCAGUGUCUCAGGUCCUUGCCUCCGUCUCUGCAACACACUCUAUUAACGUGGAGAGGCCAUUCGGCCCAGCUGCUCCCUGCCAACGUUGCUGUUCUUCCUUGGAUGAGCCACGAGGUCCACGUUCUUCUGAGUUCAUGAGAUACAGAAGCUCCGAUUGAAAGGCGGGCUAGACUUGAUGGGCCAAACGGCCUAAUACUAACCCUUAUUCCUUCUGACCUUCUGAUCAUCUACACAUGGCAUUACCAUCGGCGAUGUUCACCGUGGGGGUGGGGUCACCCGGGGCCAGAACGUCCACUGAAUCAGCCACAAAAAUACCGUGUGUGGCUCAUUGUGG